AAGACAAAGGUAAUAAUCACCAAAAUAAUAGAUUAAACUAUUAAAUUGCCAGGAAUUGCAAGUAAUAAUAUAAUUAAGUUUUGCCAGGAAAUGUCAGGAAUGCAAUCAAGUUUCGUCAGUAAUUUCGUGUCGACCUAGUGGCAACCCUGACCGCAUGGUGUUACUCCUUUUUCCUUUUAUUUGUAGGUUAUACCUAGUUGUGUUGUAGCACAGAAUAGUAAUCUCUGGUUCACGUUCACGUGUAAAGUCUAUUAUAUAUUUUGUGGGUAGUGUAAAGUGUGAAGUUAUGUGGUAAUAUGGUGUAAAUUGUAAAAUUUAAUCAUCAUAUUUUUACAUACAACUUAUAUCGAAUGACAAUAAAUCAUUUUAUUAAAGUAGGUUUACCUGUUUAGUUAACAUAAUGGUGACAGUAGAGAGGAAAGGAACUUUCAAAGUUGAAUAUCUCCAAAAAAUUGAAAGGGAUAUUCAAACACGUUGGAAGAAUGAAAAAAUUUAUGAGGAAGAUGCUCCCGCUAGAGGGUCUAAUGAAGAAAAAUUUAUGUGCACUUUUCCUUAUCCUUAUAUGAAUGGUCGAUUACAUAUGGGUCACACAUUUUCCUUAUCGAAAUGUGAAUUUGCAGUUCGAUAUCAUAGACUCAAGGGGAAAAGAGUGCUAUUUCCUUUUGGGUUUCACUGCACAGGUAUGCCAAUUAAAGCUUGUGCUGAUAAAUUAAAAAGGGAAAUGGAACUUUAUGGUUUCCCACCACAAUUUCCUCAAACUGAAGAAAUUACUAUUGAAGAAGAUGAUGAAGGAAUACCUAAAGAUAAAAGUAAAGGAAAAAAGAGCAAAGCAGUUGCUAAGGCUGGUACAGCAAAAUACCAGUGGCAAAUUAUGAAAAGUUUGGGUUUAAAUGACGGAGAGAUAAAAAAAUUUGCAGAUGCUAAUUAUUGGCUAGACUAUUUUCCGCCAUUAGCUGUUCAGGAUUUAAAUGCUUUUGGAAUACACACUGAUUGGAGGCGAACUUUUAUUACUACAGAUGCAAAUCUUUUUUAUGAUUCCUUUGUGAGGUGGCAGUUUAUAAGAUUAAAAGAAAGAAAUAAAGUUCAGUUUGGUAAACGAUAUACGAUUUAUUCAAUUCGUGAUGGUCAACCAUGUAUGGAUCAUGACAGGGCUUCAGGAGAAGGUGUCGGACCACAAGAGUAUACUCUAAUUAAGAUGACAGUUUUAAAACCUUAUCCAACUAAAUUAAGUAAAUUAACAAACAAGCAAGUGUACUUAGUCGCAGCAACUCUAAGACCUGAGACGAUGUAUGGACAAACUAACUGCUGGGUCAGACCAGAUAUGAAAUAUGUUGCUGUAGAACUAAAAAAUGGAGAAGUAUUUAUUUGCACUCAUAGAGCUGCAAAAAAUAUAUCUUAUCAAGGAUUCACCGAAGGUGAAGGCAAGCUUAAUAUAAUCUUAGAAUUGUUGGGCCAGGAUAUUCUUGGAUGCCCUCUAAAAGCACCAAUGACAACAUAUAAAAAAAUAUAUGUGCUCCCUAUGCUAACUAUAAAAGAAGAUAAAGGGACAGGUGUUGUUACUAGUGUUCCAUCAGAUUCACCAGAUGACUAUGCUGCUUUAGUUGAUUUAAAAAAGAAGCAGCCGUUUAGAGAAAAGUAUGGCAUUACUGACGAAAUGGUUCUUCCCUUUGAACCAGUGCCCAUACUUGAACUACCCGAGUUUGGACAACUUUCUGCAGUUAGUAUCUACGAGAGUUUAAAAAUUCAAAGCCAAAACGAUAAAGAGAAACUUACUCAAGCUAAGGAGAUGGUUUAUCUAAAAGGCUUUUAUGAUGGGGUUAUGCUUGUAGGGGAAUUCAAGGGUAAGAAAAUUAUGGAUGUAAAAAAAUUACUUCAAAAAAGUUUACUUGACAAACAAGAAGCUGUUAUUUAUUAUGAGCCAGAAAAAACAGUGAUAUCUCGGUCAGGUGAUGAAUGUGUUGUGGCACUUUGCGAUCAAUGGUUUCUGGAUUAUGGUGAAGAAAAUUGGAAGAAACAAGCACACAAAUUACUUGAUAAGAUGAACACGUAUCAUGAUGAGGUUAGGAAGAACUUCGCUGGAUGUCUGAACUGGUUACAUGAAUAUGCUUGCUCUAGAACUUAUGGGCUUGGUUCAAAAUUACCGUGGGAUAAGCACUGGUUAAUAGAAUCAUUAUCAGAUUCUACAAUUUACAUGGCUUAUUACACAGUAGCUCAUUUACUGCAGGGUAAUAGUUUCAAGGGAGACAAACCUAAUGCCUUAGGGAUAAAUGCGAAACAACUCACUCCCGAGGUGUGGGAUUAUGUUUUCUUCAAAGAUGCAAAAUAUCCCACCCAUUGUGGUAUUCAGAAGGAAUCCCUUGACCGCAUGAAGAGAGAAUUUGAAUUUUGGUACCCAGUGGAUUUACGCGUAUCAGGAAAAGAUUUGAUACAAAAUCAUUUAACAUUUUUCAUUUAUAACCACUGUGCGAUUUGGCCAAAUGAUGAAACCAAAUGGCCUAGGAGCAUUCGAGCUAAUGGCCAUCUCCUCUUGAAUUCUGCAAAGAUGUCUAAAUCGGAAGGAAAUUUUUUAACGCUUACAGAAGCUAUUGAUAAAUUCAGUGCUGACGGUAUGAGAUUAUGCCUUGCUGAUGCAGGUGAUUCAAUAGAAGAUGCCAAUUUUGUAGAAAAUAUGGCUGAUGCGGGUAUUUUGAGGCUCUACACUUUCAUUGAGUGGGUCAAGGAAGUAUUAGCCAAUAAGGAUCAGUUCAGAACUGGCCCUGCAACAACUUUCAAUGAUCAAGUUUUCCAAAGUGAGAUCAAUUUAAAUAUUCAAGCAACUGAUGAGUUUUAUAAAAAAAUGCUUUUUAAGGAAGCUCUCAGAACUGGUUUCUUUGAAAUGCAAUCUGCAAGAGAUAAGUACAGAGAACUGUGCCUGGACGGCAUGCACAUAGAUUUGAUUCUUAAGUUUAUAGAAGUACAGACAAUAUUAAUUUGUCCAAUUUGUCCUCAUGUUGCAGAACAUGUUUGGGAACUGUUAGGACAUAAAACAAGUGUUGUAAAAUCAUCAUGGCCACAAGCAGGUCCUAUAGACGAAAUUCAAAUAAAAGCUUCUGAAUAUCUUAUGGAAACAGCUCAUUCAUUCCGUAUCCAUCUGAAAACAUACCUGCAGGGUAUUAAAACAAAAUCCAAUCCAAAUCCACCGCCAGUUGAGAAACCAAAUGUUGUUAAUAUUUGGGUGGCAAAAACGUUUCCUUCUUGGCAGAGUUGCAUUCUGACCACGUUAAAGAAUCAUUUAGAGAAAAACUGUACACUACCAGAUAAUAAAACAUUGUCAUCCGAAUUUGCAAAAAUGGACCUACUUAAAAAACAUAUGAAACGAGUUAUGCCUUUUGUACAAGCUACUCGCGAAAAAGUUACUCAGCUCGGUAUUAAAGCUUUGGCUUUAACUUUAGAAUUUGAUGAAUCAGAAGUGCUGAGGAAUAAUAGUGGUUACUUGACUAAUACUUUAGAUGUUGAAGAGGUUGUUAUAAGAUUCACCGACGAUAAAGAAGCAAAUGAGAAAAUGAAGGAAUGUUGUCCCGGUGCCCCGUUUGUACUAUUUUCUAGAAAACCUGGUGUAAAAGUAGAUUUUACAAAUCCUGUACCGCAUAAUGGAUUGUUCUCCAAGUAUAUUACUAUCAGCGAUGGUGAUAGUUAUCUGAAGGUUGUUCAACGAUUAACAAAAGACAUAAAAAUUGUAAAGAGUAAGUCGAUUUUUCUCAAUUAUCUGCUUUUAAUCUUUUUAAAU